AUGGAGCAACGAGAUAAGGAAUCACAUAAUGGAGGAAGUGGCAAGGCCCCAGAAACCAAACAAUUCCAGCAUUCGUGGCCUGAGAUCUCUAAACAACAUGAUAACAUUCUGUCGUCGCAUCUGGAAAUGCUGCACCAGGUGAAGAGUCAACUCCACUCACACGGAGAGGAACUGCAAUUGGUGUCCAGCAUGGUUGAUAAGACUAAGAGAUUGAUUGCUCAGUUUGAUAUUCUUAAGAAACGAGUGGUGCCAAAGCUCAAUACAGCAGCUCCAGAGUCGGACACUCGUUCGUCGGAAUCCAUGUCGACGUCAAGCAGUCGAAAGGACCUGAAAAAAGAACAACUUAAACGUCAUGCACACCAAAUGCAUGACUCGGAAGAAGACGGAGGGACAACAGCAGCGGAAGACCACGAUCCCCUAACUGCAAGGUCUUUAGCUGUGCACUCUAGCAAACGAAAGCGUAUCGACGAGUUUAUUCCAGGAGCCGAUGAAGACAUAAGGCGCUUUUCCCCCGUGUCAGUGGAGACCGAGGAUAUCUCAGAAGAAGUACAGCGAAGAUUAAGGAUCAAGGAGGAACAACGCAAAAGGCGUGGCACCUCGAAAGCAGACAAACGCAAGAGGGACAGUCUGACAUCUAACGGAAGUACAUCUUCGGUCAGAACCGCGACGAAACAUCCUAGGAAGAAGGCCAGAGUUGGGACAAAGUGGAAUCGUUAG